UGACCUUUUCCAACUCUAUUUUCAUUCAAACGCGUUCAUAUUCAGACAACCAUAACAUCACACGAAACCGGCCGUAGGAUUAAAAUGUUUAUUUUACUCUUUUGGAAUAAGCCAAAUUUUCCCAACAAAUGCAUUUUUACAUUAAAUUAUUCUUCUCUUCAUCAUUGACCAGAUCCUUCUUUACAUAUAUUUCAUGUCAGCCCUUAUAUUAAUCCCCCAAGUUUAUAAGAAUUAUGCUUAUCUAGUCCUAAUUCCAUUCAUCACCCUCUCUAUCUAGCUGCAACGAACUCCUCUAUACUCUAUCUAUACUAUAAUUAUAUUACUCCUCACACCCCUUUUCCUCAUCUAAUCACAAUACAAUUUUUAUUAUAGAACAAAAUGAAUCAAUUCCCAGACAUUCCUACAGGAAGAUCACCAAGAAGAGAACUUCAAGGUCCACGUCCUACACCUCUUAGAAUACACAAGGACUCUCACAAAAUCAAGAAACCACCAUUGGCGCCACAGCAGCAGCAGCAACAACAACAAUAUCAACAACCGCGCCAACCAAUUAUAAUCUACACCGUCUCCCCUAAGGUAAUCCACACCACACCCGGGGACUUCAUGAACCUCGUCCAACGUCUCACCGGAUCCUCCUCCUCCUCCUCCUCCUCCUCCACCUCCUCGUCUUCAUCAUCAAAUAUUGAUCCUUUCCGCGGGGAUGGAACAAUAUCCCCCGCGGCGCGUUAUGCCACCAUGGAGAAAGCUAUGUCUCCUUUGGGGAAAAAACAACAACAACAACAACAAAUAGUAGCACCAAUAACAAGUUUUACUAGUGAUGUAAUAAGUGACAUGGAAGGGAUAGAACAAACACAAUUGAUGAAUCAUGGAGUAGAGAGAGGAAACAUGAUGUUUCAAGGGAUUUUGUCUCCGGGACCGGCUUCACUAUCUCCAAUUCCUUCUAAUUUUUUCUCGCCACCAUCUUCGGAUCCAAACAUGUUCAACAACUUCCUUCAUGAUUUAAGUCCUGCACUUCAUAGUGGUAGAAAUUUUAUGGAAGGUGGUGCUAAUUUCUUAUUACCUAGUCCUUCAAAUUUUGUUUCACCUAUUACUCCUUCUAUUGAUUUAUUCAACUAUUUCUUAGGGUAAUAAAUGGUUGCCAUUUAUUUGUAGCUAAGUUUGAUUAUAUUUUUCAUUUUAUAUACAAAUAUUUUUAGAUAGGGCAUAUGGUUUUUUCUUACCUUGAGUUAUUUUCUAGAGCUGGAAUUUUGAAAUAAUUUAAUUGGAUUUAUUUUUGGGCAAUUUUGUUGCUCAAAUUGUUUA